AUGCCCUUCUCUCACCACAGCCACUCGGGCCAGUUCUGCCCCGGCCAUGCCAAAGACUCCCUGGAACAGGUCAUCCAGCUGGCCAUCGCCAAAGGAUUCGAAGUCUUCUGUCUGACGGAACACAUGCCACGGGAUGAAGUUGACUUUUACCCCGAAGAGAUCGAGGCCGGGAACACAGUCGCAGAGAUGGUCACCAACGAGGCUGCCUACAUUGCGGAGGCCCAAAGACUGCGCGCUAAAUACGCCUCGCAGAUCCAGAUCCUGAUCGGUUUUGAAACGGACUGGAUCCGACCCUCAUCGUUGACCCUCAUCCAAGAAGCCCUCUCCCGCCAGCCCUUUGAAUUUUUUGUCGGCUCAAUCCACCACACCAAGACCGUUCCCAUCGACUACGACCGCCCGCUAUACGAGAAGGCCCGCGAGCUGGCUGGGGGAACGGACGAACUGGUCUUCGAGGCGUACCUCGACGAGCAGCUCGACAUGCUGCAGAAGCUGAAGCCGCUGGUGGUGGGCCACUUCGACCUGAUCCGGCUGAAGAGCGACGAUCCCGACCGGAGUUUCAAGACCUGGCCAGGCGUCUGGCAGAAGGUGCUCCGGAAUCUGGACUUUGUGGCGAGCUACGGCGGCAUCUUGGAGCUGAACUCGGCGGCGUUGCGGAAAGGCAUGAAGGAGCCGUAUCCCAGCGGAGAGAUCUGCCGGGAAUUCUUGACCCGCGGAGGGCGGUUCUGUCUAUCCGAUGAUAGCCAUGGGUUGGACCAGGUCGGACUGAAUUUCCACCGGGUGUUGGCGUUUGUCGAGCAGGUGGGGAUUCAGAAGUUGCAUUAUCUCGCUCUGGGGGAUGACGGCGUCGAUGCGCGAUUUCCGCGGACUUGUGUCCGGGAGGUCAGCGUGGAGGAAUUAAAGACGAGGCCGUUUUGGGCUGCAUAUGCAUCGUAA